UUGGAUUUUGGAGUUUUGGUUUUGGUUAGGUGCGGAGUGCAAUUCUAACUUCUUUAGAGUGACUCAUGGUGUAAUUUAUCGAGUAUUUCUUUAUUCAUUUCUAAAUUGAAUUACUUUUAAGUGCUAGAAAUAACAUUAAGUCAAUAUGAGUUUCCUAGCAAAAGUGUUCGGUGGUAAAAAGGAGGAUAAAGCUCCCUCAACAGGGGAAGCUAUUCAAAAGUUGAGGGAAACUGAGGAAAUGUUAGUGAAGAAACAGGAAUUUUUAGAGAAAAGGAUUGAAAAAGAAAUUCAGACUGCCAAAGCUAAUGGAUCCAAAAACAAAAGAGCUGCUAUUCAGGCGUUGAAGAGGAAGAAGCGGCUUGAGAAACAGUUACAACAGAUCGAUGGCACACUGUCUACAAUUGAAAUGCAAAGAGAAGCACUGGAAGGUGCCAAUACCAACACAGCUGUAUUAACUACCAUGAAAAAUGCUGCAGAUGCGCUCAAAGCCGCUCACAAACACAUGGAUGUUGAUCAAGUGCAUGAUAUGAUGGAUGACAUUGCUGAACAGCAAGAUGUUGCUAAGGAAAUCUCUGAGGCCAUUUCAAAUCCAGUCGCAUUUGGCCAUGACAUUGAUGAAGAUGAAUUAGAGAAAGAAUUAGAAGAACUAGAACAGGAAGAACUAGACAAAGAACUUCUCGGCACUGGGCCUUCACCAGCACUGCCAAUUGUGCCUUCUGCAGAGCCUGCUAAAGUGGCAGAUAAAUCAAGUGGCAAGAAGAAAGAGGAAGAUGAUGAUGAUAUGAAAGAAUUGCAGCAGUGGGCUUCAUAAAAUUCACCUUCCCUUGUUUGUAAAGGUAAAUUCUUGAGAAAUAUUUUCACCCAACAAUGCUUGUCUAUUAAAAGCGACCACCUGCCUUUUUUCAUUCUCUCAAGGGAAGGGAAAUUUUAAACUGAAUAAUUUUCUAACACUAACUAUCGUUGUAUUUUAAACCAUUACAAAUAGAUUUUUAUGGUAUCAAAGCUCAACCAGCUAUGUUGUAAAUGAGUUCAGGCUUGGUUAGAGUUUUAAGGACCAAACUAUUUGCAAGUCAUUUUGUUACAGUCAAGAAUUUUCAUACUUGGCUGGCCCAAAUUACCUGGAAAAACUGUGGCUCUUGUUUUUUUUUAAAAUAUGUUGCAAUGUAAUUGCAGCAUUUUUCUAUUCCAGGUAUUGGAAGAACAGAAGAACUAGAUUUUACGUGGUAUACUACAACCGAUUUUUCCUAUCUUCUCAUCAAAAAUUUCCACAAACUUUACAAUAUAUCAAUUUUGAUCUUAGCUUUAUGUACCGUGCUUUGCUAAUCGCAAAAAAAAGAAGAGUGCUUUCAUUGCAAUGAAAACUACAAAACUUUUGUUUGAACGGUCAUCAAAGAGAGAAAAGACGUUUUACACCAACUUUCUGCUACAACAGCACAUGGAGCAUCUCCUCAGGAUUACCGUGUUUUCAAAUCUAAUUUCUUUGGUUGCUCUCUGCAUCAUUUUUUCUGAAGAUCACUAUAGUAAGUGCUGUGAAGGAACCUUUUCUGCCAUCCUGUCUGUUGGUAAAGAACGUGCUAGUUUUUAGAGUAUCAGGUUGAUAGUUUUUUAACUGUUCCUUCCCCUCUCUUUUACCAUCUUUGAUUUUGAAGAAAAGUUUCCUAUUUGUGAAGUAAGAUUAACAGUUUUCAACUCGGUGAGCAAUUGGUUUAUAUCAAUUUAGAGUGUUUUCUUUGAUAUUUUGGCUGUGCUUCUAAUUUUGAUAAGUUGUUGCUCGCUGUUUUUGAGGAACAAUAUUUAUCAUGUUAAUCCUAAGUUUACUCUAUUUAACCAUCAUCUCAAAAUUUAGCUGAGCCAUGUCAUGAGGUGAAAACUUCUCAAAAAUGACAUGAAUUUCUGUUUUUUUCAAUUUAUUUUUACCGGAAGUGGAGGAACAUUUAUUCUAACGAACCAUUCUUUGCUCAUAAUCCAAGAACCUUUUUGGUUAUUCCUGUCUACGUUAAAGCUCCCUUGCUAUUUGUCACAAAUGUCUACAUAGUAAUGGCAAAAGUAUUUGACUUUGAUCUAUUGUAUCAAAUUCAAAACACUUAUUGUUCAUCAUGGAGUCUGAGAUGUAGGUUUGUUGGGUUCGAAGGUUGUUAUGUUUUCACAUGAUUCGUACUUUAAUUCCUCAUGUGGGAAAACCUUUGGAACCUUUUCUAAUUUAUCAGUGACAUAAGGAAAAUACUCUCCACAUGCAUUAUUUUGUAAUCUGAGAAAUAAGGGAAAAUGAAGAUGCCUCCUAUACCCUCUUUGUUAGCUUUUCUUAUUUUGCUUUUCAUAUUAAGUUUAAUUUUCUCACCUAGAAAUUAUCUUUACGAAAGUUUGUUGAAGAAAAAAAGGAGCAACACAGAAAAGUACUUAAAUCAUCAACAGUGGUGAUUCAAAACUGAAACUUUUUAAUCAGGCAGUUUUUAACACAUUGGAGGAAAAUGUUACCCUACAAUGCAGAUUUUCCAAGUUUAAAUCAAAAGAAAACCGAGCGCAACACUUAAAAGACAUAAAACGAAAACCUGUUAUAUUAGUGAUCAAAAAUUCUGUAGCCGAAAAGUUUGUCAAGUUUUUUUUAAAACUAUUAUUAAAUCAAGACUUGAUGAAAUACUUUGGUUAAGAUGCAUCAUAAUUUAAUUACACCUGAUCGAAUUUGUCAAAAUAAUAUACAAAUAUGUCUAUAAUUACAUUGUCAUGGCUUGAUAAAAUAAAUGUUGCCUAAUUUUUUUUCUUGUUAAGAAAAAUUACUUCGCCUCCUGCUUUAUUUUUGAGCAUUAGCCAUUAUUAAAUAACCUUUUUUUACGACUGUUUCUCAAAGCGUUCAUGUGUAAAGGGAAGUGGCAAUAAGGCUUUUGAAGGUACUUACUAACACCUUGAUUGAAAUGUAGGGUCGUUAAUGAAAAAUAAAAAUAAUAAAAACUACUCCCAGUUGAAAUGAAUGACUAGAAUUUUAUUAACAUUUAUUUAUUGGACAAAAAAAAAAGAUCAGAAAAGAGGAGACGUAAAGAAAAACAAAA